AGUCACAUUCCAGUGUGGAAAGACCGCAGGUAGGAGACUGGUGAAGGGAGAAGGUAAAAAACAAAGGAUGAAAAAGAAGAACAUACAUGAGCCAAGAACAGCAAAAGGGAAGGAGGACAAAAUCACGGCAGUAAGGAAACCAUGUUGGUUCAACGCUGCUGGCUGAUGCUGCUGCUGGUCGACUGCCACCACUGGAUCUCAGCAGGCGCCGUGAGCAGCAUCAGCCCGUAUUUGACACAUUAUGAGGUCUUGUCAUACGACCGAGAGGAUCUUCACAGGAAGCACUUAAGAGCCAGGAGGGCCACGCAACCUCAGGAGUCAACACUGCAUUUGGAUUUCACAGCUUUUCACAGAACUUUCCAUCUGCUUCUGAGGCAAGAUGCAGGGACAUUUCCAGAAGAAUUCACGGUGGUCACUGAAAACGGCCCCGCAGCAGCUGACCUCUCGCACAUUUAUUCAGGAACACUUGAGGGUGAACAGGGUUCAGCCUGCCAUGGCUCUGUGUUGCAGGGGCAGUUCGAGGGAACCAUCCACACUAACAAAGGCACUUAUCACGUAGAGCCGGUCCACAGAUACGUCAACAACGCCACAGAUAACCACUCUAUAAUCUACCACGAGGAUGACUUGGUCCUUCCCCGUAUGAUGUCCCAUACUGACGGCUUUUGUGCUGCGAAGCAUCUAAACCUCCUCUCCCAAAGCCUCAGACCCAGUCAGGAGGCGCCAGCGAGCCGUUCCAGGAGGACGGUGGACGAGUCGAAGACCAGCUGUCUGCUUCACCUCCAUGCAGACCACCUGUACUACAAAAAGUUCAAGACUGUUGAAGCUGUUGUGGCACAGGUUGCCUCUUACAUGCGGGCUGUGAACGACAUCUACGACAAGGUUGACUUUGAUGGAAUCAAACUGAUCAACUUCAAAGUCAAAUCUCUCAGCGUGGCAACCAAAGAAGAUAAAAACGAUCCUCUUUAUCCUCUGUACAUUGGGCCUGAGAAGCUCUUGAGUCUGUUCUCCGAGAGCCACUGGGGCAACUACUGCCUGUCAUACGUGCUCACUAACAGAGACUACAGCGGGGUGCUGGGACUCGCCUGGGAAGGCAAGUCUGGUAACUGGGGAGGAGUAUGUUCACAGUACACCACCCUCCGAAAUGGCCAAAUGUCCACACUCAACACGGGCCUGGUGACAAUUCAGAAUUACGGACAGUACCUGCACCCUCGACAAGUCCAGCUGACCCUGGCGCACGAGCUGGGCCACAGCCUGGGAUCUCCGCACGAUGAGGGCUCUAACUGUGGGAACCUGGGCUCUUCUGGAGGUAAAGGUCGGUACCUGAUGUUUCCUCACGCCACGGAUGAGGUGCGUGAAAACAGCGACAAAUUCUCCCCCUGCAGCAUCAAACACAUCAGCAAGAUCUUGAAGCUCAAGAAGGAUGACUGCUUCGUGGUCAGCGAUCAGCCCAUCUGUGGAAACCAGAUUGUGGAGGAUGGUGAGGAAUGUGACGUCGGCCACAACGACACAGAUCUCUGCUGCUACAGCGCUAAGGAGCCUGUAGGGGUCCAGUGUCGCCUGAAGCCUGGCAAAGUCUGCAGCCCGAGCCAGGGCCUGUGUUGCAGUCAGGACUGCACGUUCAAGCCAGCAAGUCAGAUGUGUGAUGAGGAGACAGACUGUCAGGAAGCAAGCACGUGUUCAGGCAUCUCCCCGCUCUGCCCCGAGCCAGAUCCCAAAGAAAACCUCACCAUCUGCAGUCAGGGCACGCGAGUCUGCCUGAACGGGGUCUGUGCCGAGUCUGCGUGUGUGAAGCACCGUCUGCAGCAGUGCGACUGUCCGGGAGACUCCAUGAAGGAGAAGUGCCACAUGUGCUGCCAGGAGCCUGAUAAGCCUGAGACGUGUGCCAGCACCACCUCCUCUGUGCUGUCUCGUCACUUCCAAAGGAAGGCCCUGCCCCUGGUCGGUGGCGCUCCGUGCGCUGGGAAUAGAGGAUACUGCGACAAGUUCCACGUUUGUCGCAUCCUGGAUGCAGACGGCCCCAUCGCCAGACUGAAGAACUCCUUCCUCAAUUUGGAUGAUUUUGAUGACAUGGGCGAAUGGAUGAAGGCUCACUGGUGGAUAAUCCUGCUGGCCAUACUGGCGCUGUCUGCAGUGAUGGGCUGCACCGUGUGUCUAUGUGGCCAGACACUGAACACUGAACUGGAAUGACCCUUGACCUCUCCCACAUCUGAGAGUGCAUUGUGAAGAAGGACUUCUUCAUGUACAAGUUUUUCUGGGAUUUUAGAGUUUUAAAGUCCCAUUGAUGAGAUGCCAUCGGACAACUUAGUCCCACGUGGCAGUCUGUAAACUGCGGCUGACUUCAAGGGAUGUUGAACACCUGCUCGGCGCCUCUCAUGCCAGUUUGUCACCUGAUACUUCUGUAUGCCAUUAUGAAUCUGCACUUAACUUAUCAUGCACUCGCUUCUCUGUUUAGCACUUGGUCCCUCUGCUGUGACAUAUAUAUAUAUAUAUAUAUAUGUUCAAGGUGCUGCUGCCAACUGUGGGAUGGGUCAGCGCAGCUCCCUCCGAUGGGCCACAUGCUGUGACAGUAGCUACACCAUCUGUAAUGUAAAAACCACCUGUCCCUGCAAAGUGUAACUCUGCCCUGGCAACCAUCAGGCUUUCAAGCUUACUGCAAAUGAAUGAUGACAUGGGCCUGAGCUCUGGAGCCAGCAACUCCAUUUGCUUGUUUACAGAGAAAACAUUAAUAAUAAUUUAUCUUUGCAAACACUAACAGGUGUAACUGUAUACAAAUACGACUUGGAGGAACAAGUCCUUUCUGGGUAGCUGCGCUGUAUUUUGUAUUCUGUGAAUGUUAUUCUACAAAUCAGUGAGAAAUAUCCGACUUAUAAACUACUUUUCAAGUUGUUUGUAUUUCAUGUUUGAAAUAAGAUAUUUGUUCUCUCUAAACAACUACUUUCCACACAUUCAUGUUGAAUUAUUGAAGACAUUGAAUUUUAGGCCUGUAACAAAUAUUGUAAAUUGUUGAUAAUGGGGCAAUUUCAUGCCAGUAAGGAAAUCAAAGGAAAAAAUAAUAUUGUGUUCAAUAGAACUCUUAGUUCUCCUGCUCACGGAUACUUAAUAAUAAUAUAUAUUUUCUUUUGUACCUUUGAUAACAUGUCUGUGUUUCUCCUCUCUCUGUUCUUCAUUCUCUUUUUCUGGUCUCUCUUCUCCUGCUCUGACCCUUCAGCAGCAGGGCCCCCCCUUAUGAUCCAGGUCCUGGUCCAGGUUUCUUCCCUCCUAAAGGGGAGUUUUUCUUGCCACUGUUUGGCUUGAGGUUUUUCUCCCACUAGGGGAGUUUUUACCUGCCAUUGUUUAUGUAAUAAUUGCUCGGAGGUCAUGUCAAAGUACGAAGAGACAGAAACUUGCAUUGUAAUAGAUGCUAUAUAAACAAAACUGAAUUGAAUUGAACUGAAUUGAAAUGGAUGUCAAGAAGUGAUUGUAAUGAUGAUUUGGAACAAAAGGCUGAAACUUCGAGGAGCAAAGACGGGAACAGGAUCUUUUGUCAACAAAUACUUGAGAAAAUGUUUGGAAACAAAGUUCCUCAAGCAAACAGUGGUAGGGGUUUGCAUAUCAACUGAAUAUUCUGCAGUCCAUAAUAUCAUCAUUUCAACAACUCAAGGGAUUUUCACCACGUGAAGUUACUCUUCUCCAGAGGUGGCAUGAACAUAUCUGGGAUGGACCAUCCAUCACACAGUAGAAACAUAGACUUUGGUCAGAAAAAUCAGUAUUCCAGGUUUUUUCUGGAAGAAAUGGGUACUGUUUGCUCCAGACCCAAAACAAUCAGAACCAUCCAGACUGCAGCGUCGUUCCCAGGGACUUCCAUUAAUCCUUCAUCUAGAGCUUCUUUGUCCUGUUCAAGAGGGUCUGCUGGAGCCUAUCCAAGCCGUCCUCAGGCACAAUGAACUUGUUUUUGAGCAUGCUGCAGGCCAGAAAUAAAAAAAAUUAUGUAUAUUAAUGAAUGAAAUGUAGUUGAUGAAAAUAAAUAAAUAAAAACAUGCAUACUG